UUAAUUCUGUAAUUGAAAGCUAUACAAAUUACAAUUCCCCCCACUUUAGUAAGUCCGGUUUGUUGUGACUAUUAUCAGGAAGCAUUCUCAGUUACCAUUAUGAUGUCAUACAGGAGGUUCCUAUGUUUAAUUAUUGCUUGUUUUACUCCAUCAGUGAUUUAUAAACUUUAGCCAUAGCUCUAUUGCUGUUGAUAGGAAAAGCAAUAUGGAAUUGUUACCUGCUCAAAUGGCAGUCAAAUUCCUUUUCCUUCUUAUCAUAUUGCUUGAAGUUUCUGUCUUGAUAUUUGGAAAAACAAAACAAGAUCAUUUAGACGAAAAGGUUCAACAACUUUCGACAUGGAGUAAUAGAAGAGCAGUAAUCCACAUGACCUCUGACAAGUUUGUAACUUACGUUAAAAAUAAGCCGAGAAAUUAUUCCAUGAUUGUUUUAUUUACUGCAUUGAGUCCACAAAGAGGUUGUGCUGUAUGUAAAGACGCUAGUGAAGAAUAUAAUAUUGUCGCCAACUCCUACCGAUUCUCACCCUCGUAUUCCAACAAAUUAUUUUUCUCUGUUGUGGAUUUUGAUGAUGGUUCUGAUAUUUUUCAAAUGAUGAAGUUGAACACCGCACCUGUGUUUAUGCAUUUUCCCGCUAAAACAAAAAGAAAACCGGCAGACACUUACGAUAUACAAAGAUUAGGAUACCAAGCUGAAAAUUUAGCUAAAUGGAUUGCAGAACGUUCUGAAGUAAACAUCAGGAUCUUCCGUCCACCAAACUAUACAGGAACAGUUGUCCUUGUUCUUCUCUUUUCUCUCGCUGGUGGAUUGCUUUACAUGAAAAGAAACAGUCUUGAAUUUCUAUACAAUAAAACCAUGUGGGGUGUAUUAUCCAUGGUUAUUGUUUUAGGGAUGACUUCUGGCCAAAUGUGGAAUCACAUAAGGGGACCACCAUAUGCCCACAGGAAUCCACAGACUGGAGCAAUGCACUACAUACAUGGUAGCAGUCAAGGCCAGUUUGUUGCAGAAACUCACAUUAUUAUGGGAAUUAAUGCAGCUAUCGCUGUUGGUUUUAUAAUUUUAAAUGAAGCUGCAAAAACGAAGAUGGAUAUUUCCAAGCGGAGAAUGAUCGCGAUGGCAGGACUUGGAAUGGUCGUCUUCUUCUUUAGUCUUUUACUAUCAAUAUUUCGACAAAAAUAUCAAGGUUACCCUUACAGUUUUUUGAUAAGAUAAAGCAAUUACAUUUGUUUAUAAUCAAUGAUAUAAAGUGUUUGGGAAAUAUAGUCAAAUCUUCAUUGUUCAGACAAAUUCAUAUUUGAUAAAAUUUUAACUGCAAAGCUUUUUUGACAGAGCUCUGUUAAGUCACUUAUUUGUUCCUGUCUACCUAAUAUGGAUGUAAAGAAAAGUUCUUAAUGUCAUGUAAAAAUAUGUAAUCAACAUAAUUAUAAUCACUAAUUUGGAAUUCAUGAACACGAAUUGAUGUCUAUCAUCUGUUCAGAUAGAGAUGAAUAAAAAAAUGGUUACUCUGUGAACCACACAGACAUUCUUGUUUCUAAGGAAAACCAAAGUUUGGUAUUAACUUGUUCUUGCUCAUAGCCUUCCGUGUAACAAGACUCUUUUAAAUAACCCAUGUAUUCUUUUUGUGUGUGAUUUCAAAGAAAGUAUAGAAAUGAGUGAAAAGAAAAAUUUUUCUUUUGAUUUAAUAUGUGGUUGACUUUUUCAGCAGCAUUGUAUUGAACUUGUAUUAUUUAAUCUUUUCGCAUUCUCAUUUUGUUGUGGUCAUUUUUGGAACAUGUAACCAUGAAUAAUAGGUAGGUAGUUACUUAGGUAUCAUAGUGGCUGGUUCGUACAUUGUUAGCUAAAAUAGAAACCUUGCAUUAUCUGAAAUGAUGAGUCAAUUUAUAGUAAAUUUUAACACUCACACAUUAUGUGUAUUCUGCACCACAGCAACAUAUUGUAUAGUAUGUUGAAAAAAAUGUUGACUUACAUUUUAUCUGAAAUUGUAUAGCUCAAUUGUCCUUAUAUUUAUUGAUAUUCAGUCAGUACCUUGAUGGUGUGGCUUGGUAACCAGCUGUAGAAAUCAAACAAUAACUCGGAUAUAUUUUGUUUUUCAACAUUUUUUGCUAAGAUAUAAGCCAGUGGUUCCCAACCAGGGGCCCGUGGCCCACAGGGGGGCCACAAUGCUAGGCACAAAACUGAUUUUACUUUUUCCGUGACAGGAAACUCACCGGUUUUCCUAGUUUCAUUGCCUGGUAAGGUGAUUUAUUUGACUAGGUGUUUUCACUUUCGCAAGCAUUAAUUGUUUGACAUAAAGGGAUUUGGAAUCUACAAAUCAUAAUAACACUCUAAAUACCACUGGAAUGAUAAACAAGGCGGUCAUAAUUGCUAAAAACCUCCGGAAGGGGACCAUGAGGCAUAAAAGGUUGGGAACCAAUGUUAUAAACCAUUGCAGAUUGCAGUAUUGUGUGUGUGCCAUGAGAGAUGACACAAUGUACCCAAGAAAAUAUAAAGUUCUUUGGAUGGUAUUGCAAAUUAUUGUAUUUUGUGGUUUGAUAAGGCUAUGUCGCUUCAUUACUAAUGUAUUUACUCCAGGGAAGGGAGUCGUAGUGAGUUUUUUUUUCACUUGAAAAGUUGUGGUUAAUGUUAUUUGCCUUAAAACAAUCUAUACAAAAUAAUAUGGUUCUCAAAUUGUCUUGUAUUCGUUGAUGCUUGAUAAUUCUUCAAAUGUGCCUCAAGCAUUGUAACCUUAUAAAACUGUGUUCUAAUUACUGCAUUUUAUUAAACCACUCCCUGAUAAUUAUCCUAUUGUGAGCGAUUCAUGCUUUCACUUCACUAAUUUGGUAUUCAAAUUUUCACUUUUUAAUUAUGUUUGAAGAUGGAUAUAUCUCCUCAAGAUUCUCCACAACAAAAGUUCUAUUCUGUGGCCACACUGUACACAUAUUAUCAGUGAUCACAAUCAUUUUGAAUUUCUUAUUGAUUUUUCUAAUUUAUUUCAUUUGAAUCAUGCUACUGUUCAGAACACUCAAAUCAUUACUGUUUCAAGAUUAAAUGUACAUGAACUUGAAUUUUGUUUUUAGAAUCUUCAAUGUAUCAUAGUCUUGAGCUGCGUAUUACAGAAGAUUGAGAAUAUA